GGAUUCGAGCAAACGCCUCGCCAGCCACCAUGGUAAGUGGAGAUCUCUGCCUCUUGGUGGCCACACGACCACCCUACCUAAUCUCGCACGUUGACAUCCCCUCCCUCUGGCUGUGUGUGCCUUGCGCUGUGCGUGUGUGUCAGGCGGAUCAGCAGCCGAAGAAGCGCACGUUCAAGACCUUCUCGUACCGUGGCGUGGAGCUGGAUCAGCUCCUCGACAUGAGCAAGGAGCAGGUCGUCAACCUCUUCCGAGCCAGACAGCGGCGGCGGUUCUCGCGGGGCAUCAAAAGGCAGGCAUCAACCCUCAUCAAGAAGCUGCGCAAGGCGGUACGGACAGAGACAGACAGACAGACAGACAGCCAGACAGACGUCGCGCCACUCAGUCCACUGGAGUGCCUGUCUGACUGGUCUCCUUUGUGUGUGGUGUGUGUGUCGUAUGUGCGUUGUGUGUGUGUGUGUGUGUAGGUGAAGGAGACCGCUUACGGCGAGAAGCCCAAGCCGGUCAACACGCACCUGCGCAACAUGAUAGUCAUGCCCGAGAUGAUCGGCAGCAUCGUCGGCGUCUACCAGGGCAAACAGUACGUCAACGUCGAAAUCAAGGUCAGACAACAAUACACACACAACCGCACCACACGCACCAGAGAGAGGCUGACGGGAUGUGUGUGUGUGUGUGUCUGCCUGUGCUGUGCUGUGUCUGUGUGUGUGCAGCCUGAGAUGGUGGGUUACUACUUGGGUGAGUUCGCCAUCACGUACAAGCCCAUCCGCCACGGCAAGCCCGGCAUCGGAGCAACCAACUCGUCGCGAUUCAUCCCACUCAAAUAAAGACACGCUCACAUCACCACCACCAUGCGCAGCACA